AAGAGGUGAAUUGAGUAAAUCUGGGUUUGGGGGAACUUUUUGAAGAAAAAGGUUUAUCUGAGAGAAAAAUUCGAGGGUUUAAUGUGGCAGAUGCCUAAGUGUUGAUUUUGCAGGAUCUAAUCAUCUCUUCUCCCUCUGUCCGAGUCUUCUUUUUUAGGUGCGGGCAAAAAACUCAGGCUGGAUAAGAUGCUGGCGGAUAUUUUGUAGUGUGGGUGCAGAUGCAUUUUUUUCAAGGGAAAAAACCUGAGAUAAAUCAGGAAGGGUUAGGACAAGGAUUUGUUAGUGCGUUGUUUAAUUUUGUAAACGCAUGCGUCUGGUGGCAGUGGACAGUGGAACUUGUCGGACUUUGACAAAUUUCUGAAAGGAGAGGCAUGGGUGGGAUAACUGCGAAUAACCUCCUGUAAACGCCCAUGGGGCAUUAGAAUCCAUGAAGUGCGGUGGGGUACUUGGGGUGAGGUCCGGUGGUGAAUGCUGAGAUCUUUUCAGGGUCGAGGGACACUCUCCCAUCUUAGGUGAUGUGGCCUAGGUGAGAAAUAUAAAGUUGGCAACAAGAAGUUCACAGUAACAGUAUGGUGGUCUCCAGUACAAAUCCCCACAGCAAGGAGAUAGCCAUCAGAAGGAGGAUUUCUAGCAUAUUUAACAAACGUGAAGACGAUUUCCCAUCUUUGAGGGAAUAUAAUGAUUACUUGGAGGAAGUAGAGGACAUGACAUUUAACUUGAUUGAAGGAAUAGAUAUUUCAGCCAUUGAAGAAAAAAUUGCUAAAUACCAGGAAGAAAAUGCCGAACAAAUAAUGAUUAAUCGAGCUAGGAAGGCUGAAGAGUUGGCUGCAGCUCUGGCAGCAAGUAAGGGACAGCCUGCACUAACUGACAACGAUGUGGCCACAAACCAAAAUUCUCAAACAGGAUUUGGAGCUGUUCCUCAGGGACAGUAUGCACCUACAUUUGCAGGAGGACAGCCAAGACCCACAGGCAUGGCUCCACAACCUUUACCACUUGGAGGAGGUGACAUGCUGGGCUUUGCAGGUGAUGAUGAGGAAUCAAAGAAGCUACGAGAUGAGAGAGGAGCAAGAUCUGGAGGAUGGAGUGUAGAAAUAAGUCGGAAACGGGCAUAUGAAGAAGCCCUUGGAAGCCUCUGGGUUUGUUGAGACAAUACUAAUAAUAUUCAUAUAAGGUAGGACUUGUCUAUUGCUGUUCAUGCUAAUUCCAGUGUCAUGAAAGCUAUUUUUUUUGCAUGGAUAUUUGAUGUAUAUUAUGUAGAAUGUAAGAUUUAUUGCAUUUUUGUUUCGUCUAACUAUAAUGAAUCAUGUUUCAAGAGACCUUGUC